UAUCAACACGCUUUCUCUUCCUUCUCUCCACCGCCUACGCUUCCUACAAAAACCGCGUCCCACAACGGCUCUCUUCAAAAUCGAUUCUCGUCGAUUUACCAAAUCUUUUUUUCCCUCUCUGUUUAAAAAUCGAUUUCUCGUCGAUUACCCAAAUCUCCAAUCUUUUUUUUCCCUCUCUGUUUAAAAAUCGAUUCUCGUCGAUUCCCAAAUCCUCUAGGGUUUCCCAAAAUCGAUCCUCGUCGAUUACACAUGGACCACAUCCAGACCGACGCCGAUGAGGUCCCGAUGACUCUCCAGAACACCGAAACUCAAGAUUCCUGUUCCGAUUGCGAUACCGUCCGCUCCGAAUCGAAUUCCUCUUCUUCUGAAGAAAUCGAAAUCGAUCAGGAUUCCCAGUCCGAUUGCGAAUCGGAGUCGCCGGUUUCCGAUCCGUUUGGGGCUUUCACUGAAAACGAAAUGACGGUUAGAGCGGAGAGCCUGGAGCGUGAGACUAUUACGAAGAGCUUCGUCUCCGGUAUGGGACCCGCCGGCGGAGAAACCAGAGUGUUGGCUGUGCAUAAGAAUUCGAGUUCUGGUCUGACACGGCGGGCGAGGUUCGACUCGUUUCGGGUUUUCACGGAGGCGGUGGCUCGGAAAUGCGGCGGGAAUCCGAAUAUUAAGUAUGGUUGGUACGGCGGAUCGAAGGAUGAGAUCGCUGAGAUUUUGGUUCAUGGAUUUAGUGCUAAGAAUGAAAAGGCUGGUGGUAGAAUACAAUUGGUUCCGGUGAAAUUCGCUCUGGAUGCUGCGGUGGGUUCUGGUGUUGAUGAAGAUGGGAUGAGGCAUGUGCUGAUGUGCCGGGUUAUACUGGGGAAGAGUGAGUUGAUGCCUAAUGGUUCGGAUCAAAUUCGGCCCCGUUCGAGUGAGUUUGAUUCUGGUGUGGAUAGUCUGGUGACCCCUAGGAAGUAUAUUGUGUGGAGUAAUUUGAUGAACUCGCAUAUCUGUCCUGCUUAUGUUGUGAGCUUCAAGGCUCCUGGUUGCUUAGAGAAGUAUGCAGCUCCUCCUCAGAAGAUUAUUAGCUUCCUUGAUCUGUUGCCUGUGCUCGCUAGGUUCUUGCCUCCUCCGAAAAUGGCUGUGCUGUACCAAUUGCGUGAUGAUUACAGGGACAAGAAGAUUAGUUUAGCUGAGCUGCAUCGGAAGUUGAAGCGAGAAGUUGAUGGGAAGGUUCUGGCUUCUGCGAUGAAAUUGGUGACACCUAGACAGCAGGGGAAUGCUGGUGCUUUUCCUGCUCCUGGAACUGUUAAUUUGCCACAUUUGAUGAAAGUGCUACCGUUGUUGUUACCUGCUUCGGAAAUGGCUGUAGUUGCCAAAUUGCGCGACGAUUACUUGGCAAAGAAGAUUAGCCUGGCUGAGGUGAGUCGACAAGUGAGACUCAUAGUUGAUAAAAAGGUUAUGGCUUCCGCCAUGAAAUUGAUGAAACCUGCUCAGAGAAGUUCUGGUUUACACCGCGGAGCUCUUGUGAUGACCGCGCUGGCAAGGUUCUUGCCUCCUUCACAGAUGAAAAUACUUGGCAGAUUGAUCAUGGAUUUCAGGGCAAAGAAGAUUAGUGGAGAUGAGUUGGAUCGAAAAUUUAAGCUCAUAGUUGAUGACAAGGUGUUGGCUUCAGCUAUCAAAUUGGUGACACCAAGUACUCAGCAGAGGAGUAACACUGCUAGUGAUAUUAGAGAUUUUUUGAAGGUGCCAAAUUCUUCAAUAUAUUUCCCUGCUCUGAUGCCCGUGUUCGAAAGGUCCCUACCUCCUCAAAAGAUGGCCUUGCUUACCAAAAGCCUCAAUGAUUUGAAGGCCAAGAAGAUAACCAGACCUCAGCUGAUUCAAAGAGUGAAACUCAUAGUUGGUAAUGAGUUGUUGGUUUCAGCAGUCAAAUCUUACAGAAGCAGGCAGCAACAUGUGUGAUGGUGCUAAUUGUAACUCUUUUGUUCAACAGCAGCCCUUUCAGAUUCGGUUGAGACAUAGUUAUGGUGUAGACACAGAAUGGUUCAUCAUUUCCGCAUUAUCGAAUUGUGAAGACAAUCUUUCCUUUGUGCACUUAUAUCCCCUGAUCUUGUAAUAAGCACAGGCAGCAUGUUGCUCGACAUGCUUGGAGUUGUAAUGCUACUACUGUCCAGUGGGAAUAUCAGUGUUGUUCAUUUGCGGCUUCAACUAUUGUAGUCAUUUCACCUGUGAAGAAUACAUAUGAGUAUUGUUCAUUUGCGGCUUCAAUGUUUGUAGUCAUUUCGUCAUUUCACGUGUGUAUAAACUGUGCUCGGACCAUGUGUGGUUUGUUUAUAUAUUUAUUUCUGCAUCGACUGA